AUGAUCAUGAUCGACAAACACCUAGCCGCAGUUUUACAACUUCCAGAGGAUUGUGAGGAGGAGGAAGCCAGUUCAGCGCUUGUAGCCCUUAUUACCUCCGCCGUGCACGACAAAGAUCCUAGAUCGACGCUCUCGGACCUUCAUAAAAUCAUUAGUUCAACUGAUGCACCUAAAUACCUUGACCCCUUGAAUACUUUACCACAUCUUCUUUCAUCAAAGGAUGUAGCAGCCAAAGACAUUAUAUCGGUUAUAGGGCACUAUUGCUCUGCUAAAGAGGUUGUAAUGGCAGUCCAGGAAGCUUUGGAAAGACUCGAAUAUUCGCUGGAUGUAGAGAGUGAACAUGAGGAGGGUCAUGACAUCACACAAAGGCAAGGGGACUCAAAGUACGAUCUGACUCUGAAUCAGUUCAUCAUCCUCAUUGACACAUAUACCUCUGCGAUUCCGAGGUUAACACUGCGUCGAAAAUCGGCAGCAGAUACGUUAAGACCCAUGUGCAAAGAACUGGGAUCGUUGAUUGGGUCUGUGACAUCAAAGGCCACCAGAGUGCAAGGCCUUUCUGUAUUGUCCAGUAUAUUUUCCCUUGUUAAGGAAAUAGGUCGAUGGAGCGACACUCUUGGUCAAGAAAAGUUAGAUGAUCUGAACGCAUGCAAGACGAUAGUGAAUAACCUGCUUGAUCGUUCUUUACUGGCUUGUGAACGUUUUAUAAAAGCAAACAUAGCGCAACGAACUUUGGAAGAAUGUCAUCCACGACUCAGCAAAUUAUCCAGAACAAAUGUUGAUUGGCAAGAGGGAGCACAGAUCAUGUCAAAAUUUUUGGAGACUUACAACUCGCUUGGAAUUUCCUCUACCACCAGUCAAUGUACUACUUCCCACCUGGUAGCAUCCGCAUAUCAACCUCCGGAUAUUGCCGCAGAAAGACUUUUGUCACUUCUUCUACCCGUGCUUAUAACCUCUCUUCAAACCAACACCUUCUUAGACGAAUCCCUCGCUGUAUUAGUCAAGGCUCUUCACGAACAACCGAGAGGUCGAGAUCUUCCUCAUGAUAUCACAAUGCCCCUUUUUGGUCUUUUGCCAUCCCUUGCAAGCGCACAUCCUGAUCCAGCCGUUCGACACCAAGCAUUCAGGGUUCUUUCGCUUCUUUUGUCGUUAAGCGACCCACAGCUUAAAUUUCAGCAUCUUGUUGAACUUACAAGAGACUCGGAAUUUCCUCAGAUGAGAGUCGCCUCAGUUGGUUUGGUAAAGGAGAGCUUACUGCAGGCAUUAUCUUUCCCAGGGCAUGGCCAGAACCCAUUUCUUAGUCCUCUGUUUCUUCGAACUUUCGGACCUAUAAUUUUCAGGCCCGAUCCCCCAGACCUUUUUGCUUCCAAGCUAACGCUCAAGGGUUUCCGAGAUACCCAUGAACCUGCUCGUCUGGUAGAAUGCCUGUCUCUCUUCUACGUUCUUCUGUUGAGAGACGAUAAAAAUCUAACUGGAAUUCGAGACAAGGACAUUAUAAAAUCGAUAGACCAUAAUCUCUUGGCACCUCUUCGACGGAACUUAACCCAAUGGAUGGACGACCCUUCCAUAUCGAAAGAUUUACACGAUAUCACCGGCGUUGUUCCUUUACAGAUCAGCUUGGAAAGAAUCGACACAGCUCUGGUGUCACGGUCAUGGCCAUGCACGCUCUCGUGA